AGUUACAUAUACAUGAAGAGCAUUGAAGAACCCUCAUUUUGCAUGUCCACAUUUUUCUCGGGAUCUCCUUUUAAGGGUUGGUAUCUAAAAGGCCGUGUGAGCAUUUUAAGGAUCUUGCAAUGGGACUGAUUUUUCAGGAAUAUCUUCAAGGACCCAGGAUUUUCAAGUGCAGCAAUUGCAAGGCACAUUCUGCUGAUCAUGAUCAGAUUUUCUCAAAGAAUUUUCAUGGGCGCUAUGGGAGGGCGUAUCUAUUCAACAGUGUGGUUAAUGUUUGUCUUGGGCCUAAGGAAGAUCGGGCUCUCAUGACUGGAUUACAUACUGUCAAUGACAUUUACUGCAAAUGCUGCCAUCAAAUACUGGGCUGGAGAUACGAAAAGGCAUACGAGGAAAAAGAGAAAUACAAAGAAGGAAAGUAUAUCAUAGAGAAAACAAGAACAAUGAAGGAAGGCUGGUAACAGAACUGCUGCGAUGUUUUUGAACUGAGCGACAUUGGAAUCGUAAUGCAACCUCAUCUUGAACUGUAUAUAAAUCUGUAGCCAUCUGUAGAAGCAUUGAUAUUUUGUGAAUAUGUAUUUAUUGCAUUGGACAAUUCAGGCUACAGAUACUGCCGUUCCUUAUGCUUGCGAUAUGAAUUGUGCUUUGCAAUUGAUAUGAAAUGUCUUUUCUGUGUUCA